AAUAAAAAAAAUAUGGCUAGAACUAAACAAACUGCUCGAAAAUCUACUGGAGCAAAAGUUCCAAGGAAACAAUUGUCUGCAAAAUCUGCUCGCAAGUCUGUUUCACAAUUUGGAGGGGUAAAGAAACCUCAUCGAUUUCGACCUGGAGUUGUUGCAAUGCGAGAAAUUAGACGAUAUCAAAAGAGCACUGAUUUGUUACUACGAAAACUUCCAUUCCAGAGACUCGUGAGAGAAACUGCUCAGUUUAUCAAAACUGAUUUGCGUUUUCAAUCGUCAGCGAUUGUCGCUCUCCAAGAAGCGGCAGAGAGUUACCUAGUUGGAAUUUUUGAAGAUAGUAAUUUGUGCGCAAUUCACGGAAAAAGAGUAACUAUAAUGCCAAACGAUAUGCAUUUAUCGAGAAGAAUUCGAGGUGAAAAAACAUAAUUUGUAUUUUAAAUAAAAAAUGAUUUAUUGUUUGGAUA